AUGACUAACCACAUUUUAGUCCUCGACAUCAAGUCCCAGACGGCGCGCCAGUCUCUGUUCAAGACCCCGCGAUGGCCAUUCAGAAUAACGCCGCAAAUGACGCAAGACAGUCACCCAUCCUCAUGCGAAUACGCCGAGUCCCGGAACAAUUUGAAGAGAGAGAAACGCAAGACAGCCAUGAGGGAGACCAAGCAUUCCGGUUUUGGGGUGAGCGCCGCUCAGCCCAGCGACUCCUUAUCAUUUGUCCCGCAAGUUCCUUUGCCAACUUUGAAUUCAGGCACCGAGAUCCCGUCAAAUGGCUCUGUUGCCCCAGUCUCACAACCCCCUUCAACCGUUCCAUCCGAGAUUAACGCUAAGGCACUGGCCCGUCUGCUGCCUCAAACGUCUUGUGAACACCAGCAAUGCCAGGGCUUUUGGGAACUCGCUGGCGGAACCAGUUCUUUCGAAUCUCCAAUCAACGGUCCCUUCCAGAUGAAGUUGCCAGAUUUUGCCCCGAUGGGCAUCUGUGCCAACGUCUCUGACUGGUGGCGAAUCAAGUCAGACUUCCUCCCGCUCGGUUUGGCUCUUACGGUGGAGUUGAGCAUGAAAGAUGACAAGGACGCUGAUUUCGACCAACUGCUCAGGUUCUGGGGUUACAUGCGAAAAUGGCUCUCCAAGGUCUAUGAUGGAGAAUCUCGGACACUUUGCUAUCACCUGUUUGACUCGGUUGCCUCUGGUAACGGCAGCGUCAGGCCUGUCUCUGAGGGUCUUGAUCAUUUGUACAUGAAGCACCGCGAACUUUGCGGCAUUAGACACUAG